GUAUGAGUGACCCGGAACUGAACGGCUGAGGCCGAUGCUCCUAAGUGGGGAGAAGAUGCCUCUACCUGUGCAAGUGUUCAAUUUGCAGGAAAACUCUGUGUCAGGGUCCAGGGGUGCAAACAGUGAGUACAGAAUGGCAGAUAGCUCCACUUCCAGCUCAGCAUCCUCUUCAGGGUGUGAGCAGUUCUGCACCCCCCACGGCAGUAGUUCAGACAUCUUCAGAUUGUGUACAGAUGAAGACUACAGACUGAAUGCCUCCUUGUCUACCUUCACACUGCAAUAUGAGAGCGCAGUGGAACCAAUGCAGAUAGAUGCAGACCCCCAAGAUGACCAGCAGAAUGUGCCUGACGUCAGUUAUGUUGUGGAAAACCCUACUCUGGAUCUUGAGCAGUAUGCAUCCAGCUACAGCGGCCUCAUGCGCAUCGAGAGGUUACAGUUUAUUGCUGAUCGCUGCCCUCAGUUAAGAGUUGAGGCCUUAAAAAUGGCUCUAUCCUUUGUGCAGAGAACAUUUAAUGUGGAUGUGUAUGAAGAUAUCCAUCGCAAACUUACAGAAGCCUCUAGAGAGGUGCAAAAUGCCCCAGAUGCAGUGCCCGAAGGUUCAAUGGAGCCACCUCCUCUGGACACCACCUGGGUGGAGGCAACGCGUAAAAAAGCACUUCUUAAACUGGAAAAACUGGACACCGAUCUUAAGAAUUAUAAAGGAAAUUCGAUCAAGGAAAGUAUACGAAGGGGUCAUGAUGAUUUAGGGGAUCAUUAUUUGGACUGUGGUGACCUAAGCAAUGCUUUAAAAUGCUAUUCGAGGGCUCGUGAUUACUGCACAAGCGCCAAGCAUGUCAUCAACAUGUGCUUAAAUGUUAUUAAGGUCAGCGUGUAUCUCCAGAACUGGUCUCAUGUGCUCAGUUAUGUCAGUAAAGCAGAGUCAACACCUGAAAUUGCAGAGCAAAGAGGCGAGCGAGACAGCCAGACUCAAUCUGUACUGACUAAGCUGAAGUGUGCUGCAGGCUUGGCAGAGUUAGCUGCUCGGAAGUAUAAACAGGCUGCAAAGUGCUUCUUACUGGCUUCAUUUGAUCACUGUGAUUUUCCCGAGCUCCUUUCCCCCAGUAAUGUGGCAGUGUAUGGUGGUCUAUGUGCUCUUGCCACCUUUGAUCGCCAGGAACUUCAGAGAAAUGUUAUAUCCAGCAGUUCAUUCAAGUUAUUUCUGGAGCUGGAACCUCAAGUCCGUGAUAUCAUCUUUAAGUUUUACGAGUCAAAAUAUGCAUCUUGCCUGAAGAUGCUGGAUGAAAUGAAGGAUAACCUUUUGCUUGAUAUGUAUCUUGCCCCCCAUGUCCGGACCCUUUACACUCAGAUCCGAAACCGAGCUCUUAUUCAGUAUUUCAGUCCCUAUGUAUCUGCUGAUAUGUUCAAAAUGGCAACAGCAUUUAAUACAACUGUGUCUGCUCUGGAAGACGAACUCACUCAGUUAAUUCUCGAGGGGUUAAUUAAUGCACGCAUUGACUCACACAGUAAAAUCUUGUAUGCCCGAGACGUUGAUCAGCGUAGCACAACAUUUGAAAAAUCCUUACAGAUGGGCAGAGAAUUCCAGAGACGAGCCAAAGCCAUGAUCCUGAGAGCUGCUGUGCUGCGUAACCAGAUCCAUGUAAAAUCCCCACCAAGAGAAGGAAGCCAAGGAGAACUGACACCAGCAAACAGCCAAUCCAGACUCAGCACUAACAUGUGACCGCAGCAGUUACCUGCACUCCUGACUCUUUAUAUAGAACUCUGUGGGGCUAUUACAUAUACAGACGUGUGUACCACCUGCUUGGGUCACUAUCCCAUUGGCCAUCUCAGUUGUGUACAUAUGAGCUUGUCAGGGGCUGUGAGGUUUGCUUCUACAAAUUGUUGGAUCUUUUCAUGCUUUCUGACGGUGAUAUAAUUCCAAGUCUGUGUUCAGUGUUGGCUGCACAGAACCAGACAGGGCCAAGAAAGGACAAGUAGAAGAUUACAGGGUGAAAGUGGACUCUUUAUAUUCUACUCCCCGUACGAUUAGCAGCUUGUGUUAAACACCUCCUUCCCAGUGUCUAGUCCAGCAAAUUCUUAUACUACAUUCCCUUUCGCCCCUCUUCCCCCCCUUCUUUCAUGCUCACUGCUAUACUUUGGAAUAGAGUUAACCUUUCUCUUACUGGACUGACCUUACAGAAUGCCCUUUAAUUUUAUUCAUCAUCAACCAGACUGGACAUAACUGCAUGUGUAGUUGAACAAACCCGGCCCAAAACCACCCAGAAGCAUUGAUAUUUAAAUGUCCCUGUUUUAUUUAGUUUCUCUUUGGAAUUAAACAUGUUAUUUGCGUGUUUCUUU